AUGUUAGAAAGAUUUCUAUUGAAUAAAGAUCCCAUCAUUUCUUGCCUAGCUAUUUUGGGUGGAAAGUCGAUUACUUUAAACUUGAAAGACACUGACUGGGAUGUAAUUCAACAAUGUAUAAAAGUUUUGAAAGUUUUUGAUGAGGUAACCAAAGAGAUGUCCGCAGAGAAAACAGUCUCCCUGUCAAAAAUGAAGAUCUUGCCAAGAUUAAUGGCACGGCAACUACAGUCUUUUAAAGACAAAAAUGAAAAAUAUCCAGAAGAAACACAUGCAUUAAUAAAUAAUUUGCUGAAAGGCUUGUCAGAGCGAUUUGGGGUCAUCUCCAGCAACGAAGUGGUUGCACAAGCAACUUUAUUGGACCCCCGGUUCAAAAAACAAGGAUUUGCUGAUGAGUCGACAUUCCAUGACUGCUACACGAGUGUCAUAGCAAAAAUGAAAUCACUGUUAGCUCAACAAGAAGAAACACACCAACGAUCUGAACCAGUUACCACCAUAACAGGCGAGAGCUCUUCAAUUUGGGACGACUUCGAUGAAACAAUAAAUCAGCUCCAAGGAAGUCAUGACCCGGGAUGUGCAGCAAUUGUCGAACUAGACAAAUAUUUGUCUGAGGCGUAUUUGUGUAGGAACAGCGAUCCAUUAAACUGGUGGGGCACUAGAAGGUUGCUGUACCCAACACUGUAUGAACUAGUCCUGCAAAUGUUAUGCAUCCCGGCUACAUCAGUUCCCUGUGAGCGUAUCUUCUCAAAAGCAGGACAAAUAUGCAAUGAGAGAAGGAACAGACUCACUUCAAGUAAAAUUGAACAAAUUUUAUUUAUAAACCAGAACAUUGAUUAG